AUGAAUGCAUUUCCAUUAACAAGCGACAAGGUGAAUGAGUGCAUCAGAGGAUUUGAGGUUCUUGGUUUUCCACAAUGUUUAGGUGCAAUGGAUGGAAGCCACAUUGAAAUAAAACCAGAAUCUCAGAAUGCUGUUGACUACUAUAACUAUAAAGGGUGGUACUCGAUUGUUUUGUUUGCCCUCGUAGAUUAUAGAUACCGUUUUCUUUAUAUAAAUGUUGGGUAUCCUGGAAGAGUCAAUGACUCUUUUAUUUUUGAAAAUUCAUCACUUAAGAGCCAGUUAGAAAAUUGUAUUGCUUUAGAAGACAAAAGUAGGGUGAUUAAUGGUGUCAAAAUAACCGUAUUGAUCCUAGGUGAUUCUGCAUUUCGAUUUUCCACUAAAGUUAUGAAACCAUACCCUUAUGAUGAAAACGCUAGCAUUGGUCAAAAAACUUUUAAGUUUCAGUAUCAAAUGACGGCAGAACAAAUAAGACGAUGUUUAGCUACAUUUUUUAGUAAGUUUAGUAAGUUCUUAGUAAGUCCUAAUAUUUAA